UGAAGCAGGACCAGUGGGAGCUGCACAGCCAAGCAUCAUCUGGGGACUCCAUCACCAUGGGAGCAGCUAAGUCCAAGAAGGCGAGUGGCACAAAGGAGGCUCAGCAUAAGGGCCAACAGGUCUUGGACCCUACCCACAAUAAGACAAAGCAGAUGGACCUGGAGCUACAGCAGACCAAAUCCCAGGCAGAGAAGGACUUGAAGCUUUGCACCUUUCCUGGAUCUCACUCUAAUCAGGGAAGUGACGACUUUUAUCCUAUAGAGACAUUGAAAACAGAGGAUUUGCACCAAAAUUUCACACAACUACUACUUCUACAAAAAUCUUGUCCAAGAGGCUGGAAGACUUUGGAAAAGAAAAGCUGCCAUCAAUAUGUAGCAGAGGAGAAAGGACAUCUGAUUGAGAUCCAAGACUUAUUUCAUCCAAGCCCAGAUAUGCAGGAAGAGCCUCAACUAGUCAUAUUAGAGGGGGCUGCUGGGAUUGGGAAGUCAACACUGGCCAGGCAGGUGAGGAGAGCAUGGGAGGAAGGCCAGCUCUACAGGGAUCGCUUCCAGCAUGUCUUCUACUUGAGCUGCAGAGAGCUGGCCCAGUGCAAACAGCUGAGUCUGGCUGAGCUCAUAACAAAAGACCAGGCUGUCCCUGUAGCUCCCAUCAGGAAGAUUCUGUCUCAGCCCAAGAAGCUGCUCUUCAUCCUGGAUGGCAUAGAUGAGCCAGCAUGGGUCUUGGAGGAGCAGAAUACUGAGCUCUGUCUGCACUGGAGCCAGCCACAGCCUGUGCAUAGACUUCUGGGCAGUUUGCUGGGGAAAUCUAUACUUCCUGGGGCUUCCUUGCUGCUCACAGCUGGGACCACAGAUCUACAAAAGUUCAUUCCUUCCUUGCGGCAGCCACGUUGGGUGGAAGUCCUGGGUUUCUCUGAGUCUGGAUGGAAGGAAUAUUUCAACAAAUAUUUUUCAAAGAAAAGAAAAGCAAUGGAAGCUUUGAGAUUGAUUGACUUAAACCCAAUGCUCUCAACACUGUGUCUGGUGCCCUGGGUAUCCUGGCUGGUCUGCACUUGCCUAAAGCAGCAGAUAGAGAAGGGCAGAGACCUCUCACUGACCUCACAGACAACCACAGCCCUCUGCCUAAAAUACCUUUCCCAGACACUUCCAGAUCAUGCCCUGGGAACCCAUCUCAGAGGUCUCUGCUCACUGGCUGCUGAGGGGAUCUGCAAAAGAAGGACUCUGUUCAGUGAGAGAGAUCUCUGGGAGCAAGGGUUAUCUAACGAUGUCAUUGCCCUUUUCCUGAAGAUGGGUGUCCUUCAAAAGCAGCCCAGCUCUUUGAGCUACAGUUUUGCCCACUUGUGUCUCCAGGAGUUCUUUGCAGCGAUGUCCUGCAUCUUGGGGAAUAAUGAGGAGAAAUGUGGUGAUAUGGAAAUCUACAGAAUUGUGGAAACACUGAUAGAAGUGUAUGGAAGGCAAGACUUGUUUGAGGCACCCACCAUAUGCUUCUUGUUUGGCCUUUUGAGUAAGCAAGGUGUGAAUAAAAUGGAGAAGAUCUUCACCACCCACUUGUCUCUGAACACCCUAUGGGAAAUUCUGGAUAAAGCCAGGGCAUUGCCCCAGCACCAGCAUCUCUAUUCUCUAGGGUUGUUUCAUUGUUUGUAUGAGAUUCCAAAAGAAGAGCUCCUAACACAGGUGAUCCACAAUCUUCAAAAAGAAAAGGCGUGUGACCCGACAGAUAUGACACACCCAGUGUUCCAGACAAAUGUGAAGCACCUGGUGGUCCAGACAGACUUGGAGCUCAUGGUGGUCACUUUCUGCAUUAAGUACUGCCACCAUGUGAAGAGGCUUCAGCUGAAUGGGGGUGAACAGCACGGACAAACACUGACGGUCCCCAGGAUGGUACUGUCUAGGUGGAUCCCUAUCACAGACACCAGUUGGAAGAUUCUCUUCUCCACUCUUGAGUUCACAGAAAACCUGGAGGAGCUGGACCUAAGUGGAAAUCCAAUGAGCUGCUUUGCACUGUGUAGACUUUGUAGAACCCUGAGAUGCCCUGGAUGUCAUCUAAAGACAUUGUGGCUUGUCAACUGUGGCCUCACAUCCAGCCACUGUACAGACCUGGCUUCAGUGCUCAGGGCCAGCACCAGCCUGGCUGAGCUAGACCUGCAGCUGAAUGACCUGGGAGACCAUGGUGUAAGGCUUCUGUGUGAGGGGAUCAGGAAUCCUGACUGCAAACUCAGAAUCCUGCGGCUGGACCAGGCCCCUCUCAGUGACCAGGUGAUGAUGGAGCUCAUGGCCUUGGAAGCAGAGAAUCCACAGCUGCUCAUCUCCAGCACAUGGAAGCCACAUGUGAUGGACCCUACUAAGAGCAUGGAUGGAGAAGAAAUGGAUAAUAACCCAAACUCAUUUAAGUGGCAGAGACUACAGGCAGGUGACAAGGCCCUGGAACCACUGGGGACUGAAGAUAACUUCUGGGGCCCUAUAGGGCCUGUGGCUACUGAGGUGGUUGACAGAGAGAGGAACCUGUACCGAGUUCAGUUCCCUGUGUCUGGUUCCUACCACUGUCCCAACACAGGACUCCACUUUGUGGUGACAAGGGCAGUGACCAUCAAGAUUGGAUUCUGUUCCUGGAGCCAACACCUGGACAAGACUCCCUUGCAGCACAGUCACAUGGUGGCUGGGCCUCUGUUUGACAUCAAGGCUGAGCAGGGAGCUGUGACUGCUGUGUACCUCCCUCAUUUUGUGGAUCUCCAAGAGGGACAAGUGGAUGUCUCCUGGUUCCAUGUGGCCCACUUUCAAGAGCAUGGGAUGGUCCUAGAAACUCCAGCCAGGGUGGAGCAGCAUUAUGCAGUGAUGGAAAACCCAAGCUUCUCCCCAGUGGGAGUUCUAAUGAGAAAGAUUCCUGGUUUUGGACGCUUCAUCCGAAUCACUUCCAUCACAUUGAUCUACUAUCACUUCAAUCUCAAGGAUGUGACAUUUCACCUUUACCUGGUCCCUAAUGACUGCACCAUUCGGAAGGCCAUUGAUGAUGAAGAAAUGAAAUUCCAAUUUGUUCGAAUAAACAAGCCGCCCCCACUAGACUCUCUUUACAUUGGCUCCCGCUACAUCCUAUCUGCUUCCAAGAAGCUGGAAAUCAUCCCAAAGGAACUAGAGCUGUGCUACCGGAGCCCUGGAAAAUCACAGCUCUUCUCUGAGAUCUAUGUUGGCCACAUGGCUUCAGGGAUUAAGCUGCAAAUCAAAGACAAGAAACAUAUGAAUCUCAUAUGGGAAGCCUUACUGAAACCAGGGGACCUCAGACCUGUACUGCCCAUGAUUCCUGCAGCCCACAAAGAAUCUCCUACCUCACUACACUUCCUGGACCAGCAUCGGAAGCAGCUGGUGGCCCGAGUGACAUCAGUGGACCCUGUCUUGGACAACCUGCAUGGUGCUGUGCUGAGUGAAGAGGAGUAUGAGGCAGUGCGGGCUGAAGCCACCAACCAAGACAAGAUGAGGAAGCUCUUCAGCCUCAGCCGGUCCUGGACCAAGGCCUGCAAAGACCAAGUCUACCGAGCUCUGAAGGACACCCAUCCUCAUCUCAUAAUGGAACUCCUUGGGAAGUCAAGUGGGAUCUCUGUGGAAUCCUGACAUCUUAGUGGCUGAGGGGUGAGCACUCUCUUUUGAGUGCUGGCUCCACCUGACCUUCCUUUGGCCCUCAGUUCCUCCAUCUAAAACCAAUGGCCAUCUGAGUUGCCUUUCUCAUAGCACUGUUUCGAGAACACUUCUUGAGGACUCAGAUGUUCCCUCUUGGCCCUCGCCUGCCAGAUGUUCAUGUGGGAUGAGCAUCUCAGUAAACAUCCAGUGUAGCCAGCAAGUCUAUUCAGGCCUUGUCCAGCCUCCAGUCCACUUGACCCACCAUGAUACAGGCAGGAUUGGGAAGCAUGGGGAUGAAGACAAAGAGACAGUACCUUUCCCUGGAGAAUGAGUGUCUUAUCAACAUGGGAAAGGAA